AUCGCUUCGUCAUUUUUUCCGAUGGUUUUCCCGCUUUACAAUUUUUUAAUUUACGUAUUUAUAGUUAUGUGUAAUAGAACCGAUAGUUCUGCAUUUCCGAUUCCAGAUAAUUCCUUGUUAGCUAUAGUGGUAGAUGAGGAAUUCGUUACUACGGAAUUCAAAAACGCCAAAGCAACAAUAGAAGAUUUUGAAAAAAUAGUCACCCAAUUAAACAUUAAGGAAAAUCACAUAAGAAUAGGGUAUUAUACAUCUAUGGGGUUCAAAUUCAAAAGAGACAUAUCAGGUAUCUUAGCAAUAACUUCAUGCAAGAAUACAUGGAAAGUAUAUGACAGAGCCGAUGGGGAAUUUAUACCGUUUAUUGCUUUAUCAGAGGUUGAUUGUCCAAGGUUACCUGCAGGAAAAGCUAUCAAUAUUCCAUUAACUAAACUAGGAGAAGAAAUGUCACAAAUACUGCUAGAUUUAAGAACUUCCACAAUUUUCAAAUGGAAAUCUGUUGUUCUUAUUUACGACAGUAGUAUGGCCAGAGAUAUGGUUUCUAGAAUAACUGCUUCUCUAACCGACGAUCUGCCAAUAACAACCCAAUCGACUGCUUUUUCUCUCAUUAAGUUGAACGAUACACAAUUUAAUAGCAAAAAGAACAGUCUCGUGGAUCAGCUCACAUCGAUAUCAAUGAAAAAGACGGAAUUGAACUUUCUAGUAGUUACUCACAGGAGAGUCGUUGAAAAAGUGAUGGCCGCUGCAGAACUAACUAAUCUUGUGAAUACAGAAACGCAGUGGCUUUAUGCCAUACCGGAUACAAGCCGAGGUGUGAAAAAGAACAUGAAGAAGUUGAGGAAGUCUCUGAGAGAAGGUAGUAAUGUUGGGGUUAUUUAUAAUAACACGGAGACUGAUUCUGGUUGUGUUGGUGGUUUAUUGUGUCACUUUCGAACGCUAGUUGCUGGUUUCUCUACAGCUCUGUAUGAAACAAUGAGAAAUGAAUUGGACCUAGCCGAUCAAGUUUCUGGAGAAGAAUGGGAAGCAAUCAGGCCGACCAAAUCGGAAAGACGAACCUAUUUACUCGAGAAAGUAUUGGGUUACCUGCGAAAGAACGGAAAAUGCGACAAUUGCACCAAUUGGAUUUUCAGAGCUGCAGACAGUUGGGGUAACAAUUUCAACGCUGAUGCUAACGAUACCUCGAUACAGUUGGGAAAGGUUGGUAGCUGGACUCCGAUUAUGGGUGCUGAAAUGUCAGACGAAUUAUUUUUGCAUGUGGCGCACGGUUUCAGGAAAAAGAAGUUAAAGCUGGUAACGGUGCAUAAUCCUCCUUGGCAAAUAAUAUCAGUUGGCGAUGCAAAGACCGAACCAAAACACAGGGGGUUAACGUUCGAUAUAAUAAACCAUUUAGCCAGAAAGCUAAACUUUACAUACUCCGUACAUGUGCUAUCAAUAGAGAACAAGAAUGAGCAAACUUCUUCGAAUCUUCAGUUAGACACUAACGAUACAUCCACUCCUACCGAUGUGGAGGAAUUGACAAACUUUGUGACCAACUGGAUUCCUCCUGUUAUGAUUGAUAUGGUGAAGAAUGGAAAUGUGGCUUUUGCCGCUUACGGUGCAACCAUCACAGAGAAAUAUCAGGUGGAGAUCGAUUUUACUAAUCCCAUCUCUGUACAAUCUUACACUUUUUUGGUGGCCAGGCCGAAAGAGUUGAGCAGAGCACUGCUUUUCAUGGCUCCUUUCAGUGGUGAUACUUGGUUAUGUUUAUUGAUAGCAAUAUUUUCUGUUGGUCCAAUUCUCUAUUGUAUACACAAAAUAAGUCCCAUGCCCGAGCAAAGAGAAAGAGCUGGGGGUCUAUUCAGCAUCCAGAACUGCAUAUGGUACAUGUACGGUGCCCUUUUACAGCAAGGCGGUAUGCAUCUACCCCAAGCGGACAGUGCCAGAAUAUUGGUAGGAUCUUGGUGGUUGGUAGUACUGGUCAUUGCUACCACCUAUUGUGGAAAUCUGGUGGCUUUCCUGACUUUUCCCGAGAUGGAAAAACCUCUAACUACUAUAGAUGCCUUGCUGAAUAAGGAGGGUAAAAUUUCUUGGAGUAUGGUUGAAGGAAGUUACAUAGAAGAAGAACUACAGAAUUUGGGCGAUUCGAGAUUUAAAGUCUUGUACACUUUGAGAGUUAAAAACCAGACAAGAGAUAAAAUUCUUGAAGAAGUUUCGAAGGGAAAACAAGUUUUCAUAGACUGGAAGCUUCAUUUGCAGUACUUGAUGAGAAAUGAAUACAUAAGAAACAAUCGAUGUGAAUACGCUUUAGCAACCGACGAAUUUUUCCCCGAACGUAUUGGUUUAAUAAUAUCAAAGAAAAAUCCUUAUCUCUUCAGGAUAAAUAAAGGAAUAAAAGAAUUGCAUCAAUUUGGAUUGAUCCAUAAAUGGUUAAAGGAAUACCUCCCAAAAAAAGAAAAAUGUUGGAAGAGUGGUCAAGGGUCGCAAGCCAACAAUCAUAUAGUUAAUAUGGAUGAUAUGCAAGGCAGUUUUUUUGUCCUUUUUUUGGGUUUUCUGCUAGCCCUUUUAUUCAUCUUCGUUGAAAGAGUUUGGUUCCGUCAAAAAACGAAAAGAAAGGUGAAAAGCAUUGUACCGUACACUAAAUGAGAUUUAUCAAAUAAAUUGUAAAAAUUGCAUAUAAUAAUUAAUUCAAUAAAUCUGUAAUAUACAAA